AUGCAGCAAGUCCACUGUAUCGAGGAUAUGGGAAGAUUGGGGAUAUUUUCCAUACAAAGCGCAAAGGCAUCAGGCUUGAGUGGAGAAAAGCCAAUCGAAGUGUUCGAUAUCAAUCGGCAAUAUCAGCAAUCCGUAAACGUUUGGGCUGGUAUGCUUGGCACCCACAUCAUCGGGCCUAUUUUUAUUGCGGAAAAUAUCAAUGGAGAUAGAUAUUCGCGACGCCUGCAAGAGUUUGUAGUACCGGCUAUUCGUCGUAUUGAAGGAGAUACGGGGAUUCUAGAGUGGUUGCAACAAGACGGAGCUCCACCCAAUAACCCCAAUAGAAUUCGGGAUUAUUUAAAUCAAGAAUUCCCCGAUAAAUGGAUCGGAUUACGUAGCCCGACUGUUCCGUGGCCUCCCCGAUCGCCGGACAUGACGCCGCUCGAUUAUUUUUAUUGGCCAUACUUAAAAAAUAAUUCGUAUGACGGUCAAACCGUAUACAAUUUAGAUUCGAUGCAACAUCAAAUUAAUGAAAUUAGUGCAAGCAUCCCGCAAGAGACAAAAAGGAAUGCGAUUCAUGCAUUUGAUGAUCGUCUUGGCUUCUGCUCUGCAGCUACGGGAGGACAUUUUGAACAGCUGAUCGGAUAG